AUGGUCGUUCUGAACGUUUUGGGUCAUUGGAGUGAUUCCGUAUAUCAUACACAACACAUCAUACCGUUCAUGAUAUCAGCAUUCUAUAUCACCUUCCUCAUAUCGUUGUUCUAUCGUUUACAACGUAUUGACGAUCGUGCGUGGAACGGCGAAAAGAUAACCAUCACCAGAAGAAUGAAAUCACCAUCAAUGGAAGGAAGACAUGGGAAAGAACUGUAA